GCUUCUUUUUCAUCGACUGAAAUCUUGAGAAGAGCUCUUGUGUAUCAUAUGGGAAAGUUUGAUAUUGUUUUCGUUGCUUCUUUUGUCUUCCUGCUGAUCAGAAUCCCAAGUUUUGGCUAUGCAGCUAUAACCAGAUCAAGUCCUUUGUCGAUAGGACAAACUCUAAGCUCCCCUGGUGGAUCUUAUGAGUUGGGGUUCUUCAGUCCUAACAAUUCUCAGAAUCAGUAUGUUGGGAUCUGGUUCAAGAACAUCACUCCUCAGGUCGUUGUUUGGGUAGCUAACAGAGAUAAGCCAGUCACAAAAGCCACGGCGAAUCUUACUAUCAGCAGCAAUGGGAGCCUUAUCUUGCUUGAGGGAGAACAAGAUCUUGUUUGGUCGAUAGGAGAAACUUUCUCAUCUAACGAGCUUCGUGGCAAGCUUUUAGACAACGGGAAUUUUGUCCUCACUGAUGAAGUUUCCGGAAGAAUCUUAUGGCAAAGUUUUGAGCAUCUUGUUGAUACUAUGCUACCUCAGUCAUCUGUGAUGUAUGAUGUUCUGAAUAACAAGAAACGUGUUUUAUCUUCUUGGAAAAGUCCUACAGAUCCUUCACCUGGAGAAUUCGUAGCUGAGCUUACGACACAACUGCCUCCGCAAGGCUUUAUAAUGAGAGGAUCCAGGCCUUACUGGAGAGGCGGUCCAUGGGCAAGAGAAAGGUUCACUGGCACACCUGAAAUGGAUGAAUCAAAUGUAAGCCAAUUCGACGUUUCCCAAGAUGCAGCAGCCGGCACAGGUUUUUUGACUUAUUCAUUGCAAAGAAACUCAAACCUGUCGUACACUACACUAACAUCAGAGGGAUCGUUGAAGAUUCUUUGGCAUGAUGGCUCUCGUUGGGUAAAUGACUUUGAGGCCCCAGUAAGCUCAUGUGAUGUUUAUAAUGCAUGCGGACCUUAUGGUCUGUGUGUGAGAUCUAAUCCUCCAAAGUGUGAAUGCUUGAAAGGGUUUAUACCAAAAUCAGACGAGGAGUGGAAUAGGAGAAACUGGACUGGUGGUUGUGUGAGAAGAACAGACUUAUCUUGUCGUGUUAACUCUUCUGUAACAACACAAGACAAUGAUCCAGACGUCUUCGACAUUGUUGCAAAUGUGAAGCCUCCAGAUUUUUAUGAAUAUCUAAGCUUGAUCAAUGCAGAGGAGUGCCACCAGCGUUGUCUUGGAAACUGUUCAUGCAUGGCAUUUGCCUAUAUUGAACAAAUUGGAUGCUUGGUUUGGUAUCGAGAGCUUGUUGAUGUAAUGCAGUUUUCUGCUGGAGGAGAGAUUCUUUCCAUCCGUCUUGCAAGUUCUGAGUUGGCUGGAAGCAAUCGAACCAAGAUAAUCGUAGCUAGCACUGUCAGCAUUUUUGUUUUCAUGAUCCUUGUCUUUGUUGCAUAUAAGUUCUGGAGAUACAAAGCAAAGCAAAAUGAUUCAACUCCUACAUCCAUGGAGACUUCACAAGAUGCAUGGAAGAAAGAACUGAAACCACAAGAUGUUUAUUUCUUUGAGAUACAAACCAUAUUGACUAUCACGGAUAACUUCAGCAUGGAAAACAAGCUUGGUCAAGGUGGAUUCGGUCCAGUUUAUAAGGGAAAGCUGCAAGAUGGGAAAGAAAUAGCUAUAAAACGUCUUUCGAGCAGCUCUGGACAGGGUCUAGAAGAGUUCAUGAAUGAAAUCAUACUCAUCUCUAAACUCCAACACAGAAACUUGGUCCGGCUUAUGGGAUGCUGCAUUGAAGGAGAAGAAAAGCUAUUGAUUUAUGAGUUUAUGGUGAACAAAAGCCUCAAUACCUUUAUAUUUGAUUCGACGAAAAAGCUUGAGCUUGAUUGGCCCAAGCGGUUCGAAAUCAUUCAAGGUAUUGCUUGUGGACUUCUCUAUCUUCACCGUGACUCAUGUCUCAGGGUUGUUCACCGGGAUUUGAAGGUCAGCAACAUCCUUUUAGAUGAGGACAUGAACCCAAAAAUAUCAGAUUUUGGAUUAGCUCGGAUGUUUCAAGGAACUCAACAUCAAGCCAACACACGCAGGGUUGUUGGAACUCUAGGAUAUAUGUCCCCGGAGUAUGCAUGGACAGGAAUGUUCUCUGAGAAAUCCGACAUCUAUGCAUUUGGAGUUCUAUUGUUGGAAAUCAUCACGGGAAAGAGGAUUUCGAGCUUCACCAUUGGAGAGGAAGGCAAAAGUCUUCUCCAAUAUACAUGGGAUUGUUGGUGCGAAAGUGGUGGAGCGGAUCUAUUGGAUCAAGAUAUAUCCAGUUCAGGUUCUGAAAUCGAAGUAGCGAGAUGUGUUCAGAUUGGUUUGCUCUGUAUUCAACAGCAUGCUGUGGAUAGACCCAAUAUUGCACAAGUCAUGUCGAUGCUUACUACAACAAUGGAUCUUCCAAAACCAAAACAACCUGUCUUCGCAUUGCAGGUCCAAGAGAGUGAUUCAGAGUCUAAGACUAUGUAUUCUGUGAAUGAUAUAACACAAACUGCUAUAUUUGGUCGAUAAAAGCAUUGCUUAUGCAAUGAUUUCACCAUGUUUACAGAACUAAAUCGAUUGUAAAUUGUUGUAAAUGAAUUUUUGUAGUUCAUAUAAGCUUAGGAUGUGUUGAAUCUCUCUGCUAAAAAAU